UGGCUGGCUGGCUCGCCGGCGAAAUAAUAGAGAGAGUUUGAGUUCUUUACAUUUCACAGUUCAUCGGCGGCGGCGGAGGCGGAGGAAGGAAGCCAGCGAGAGAGAGAGAGAGAAAGAUGAACAAAAAGGAAAUAUUCAAGCUUGCCAAGGGUUUCAGGGGGAGGGCAAAGAACUGCAUAAGGAUUGCUAGGGAGAGAGUUGAGAAGGCACUUCAGUAUUCUUACAGAGACCGACGUACCAAAAAGCGUGAUAUGCGCUCCCUCUGGAUCGAACGCAUCAACGCUGGUACUCGUCUCCACGGUGUUAAGUAUGGUAACUUUAUGCAUGGGUUGUUGAAAGAGAACAUCCAGGUUAAUAGGAAAGUCCUAUCAGAGCUGUCAAUGCAUGAGCCUCAUAGCUUCAAGGCCUUAGUUGACAUAUCUCACAAUGCAUUUCCUGGAAACAAGAAAAUAAUUGCAUCUUCUAUUCCUCCUGCAAAGAAGGAAGGUCUUUCCAUCUUACUUGACUAAUUAAUUAUUCCGAUUCAUCCUCUUCCCAUUUCUUUUUAUCUACUAGCUAGUAAGCCAGACAUUGAACUACAAACAAAACAAACCGGCUAAUCCAAUCCAUAAAUAUAAAUGGUUUUCAUAAAUAGGUUCGGCA